AUACGUCAUUAUUCCGCGACACAUGCAACUGCAAACAAAAUUUUACUUUCGGCAUUUUAGACAACGAGAACGACGAUAAACCGUAUGUCAAUCCAAGACGUUAUUCGGACAAAAGUGGAUGUUUUAGAGGGAAGGCACAAUGACGACUGCACGACGGAAAAUAUUCCGCAAAAGGAGGAAAACCUUUUUAACUUCAGCCCUCGGCUUAUCUUCCUUCAUAAGGACCACGAACUGUUUGAGGAUGGCGACGUAGAACGACACAUGUACAUUCAAGAUCUUUACAUUUCAGAGGUAGAGGACGACAAAGCAACUCUCAGUGUGUCAGAGUUUGCCUGUCACAUAUCUGGCUGCAAUGCCGUCCAUAGCACUCUGGAGGAGUAUGAACACCACUACAACUCCUUGCACAGACAUGUUUGCUGCUCCUGCCGGCGCUCUAUGCCCACCGCCAGGCUCCUGGAUAUUCAUAUUCAGGAGUGGCACGACUCUCUGUUCAUAGUCCUGGCGCAGCGGCAAGAUAUGUACCAGUGUUUGGUGGAGGGCUGUGAACACAAAUUCAGGACAAGCACACUAAGGAAGGACCACCUCGUACGAAUUCACAAAUACCCUCCAGACUUCAGAUUUGACAAACCCAAAAGACAUAAGAGGCUUCAAGAGACAAAACAGCAGCAGCAGAUGGACACAUCGAUGGAGGUAGCGGAUGACGUGACUGAGGUUUUGUGUGACGAUCUGUCCAAACAAGCAGAGGAAGAGGAAUCCAUGGAGAUGCUCGUGUCCACAGCAGAGGCUGAAUUAACAGAAAAAUGUGCCUCUACUGAGGAGCAGGCAGGGCUUUCCACUGCAGUCCACAAUACAACAAACAAAACACAGGAUGAUUCCCUGAAACAGCGAUACUCCUACAGGGUUCCAUCUAAUGUGUGCUUUGGACAUGGCUCCAUCCGAGGCUUCAGAGGUCACACAGGAAGGAGGAAGUGAACACUCUUAAGGUUGAUGUUUGCCUUCACAAUAACCAUUUUUGGCUUUCAAUUCACUGAAAAAUUACAAUAAAU